AUGGCACCAGAGACUGGGUCACCCGGGCGAGGGGGUGCUGGAGCACCUCGAUACUCGUGGGACUACUACCUUAAGGACCGUACAACAGAGACGCUCCUCGAGGUAUUCGAUCUCUUCAUGGCCAUGAUGAAGACGCAAUAUAAUAUACAGGUCAAAGUCUUCGAAUGUGACCGCGAGGUUGCAACGAUUCAUCAGCAAGUCGCCACUCACCUUCAAUCUCAAGGGGUGGUCCUCGAACCCUCUGCGCCCAAUACGCAGGCCCAGAACGGAGGCGCCGAGCGAAUCGCAGCAGUUAUCAAGGAGAAGGCUAGGACCCUUCGCGAGGCAGGCAAGUUCCCUGAGAUGCUGUGGCCCGAAAUCGUUGCCGCCGCGACGUAUUUAUACAACAGGACGCCGUCAGCGGCGCGCGGCUGGAAAACGCCCUUCGAACGGUUCCAUAAUCAGUUUCGCGGCCCAGAUCUCGGGAAGCCUCAUCAAGCCCACCUUCGAGCGUACGGCUGCAAAGUGUAUGCGCUCACAACAGACGCACAGCUGGGCAGGAAUAAGUCGAGAAAGCUUCAACCGAGAGGAUGGAUAGGCUACCUCAUUGGGUACAGUACUAGCAACUCCUACCGCGUGUGGAAUCCGCUUACUGCCCGCGUUAUCACAACGCGAGACGUUGUGUUCAGGGAAACCGAGUUCUUUAAUAGAGAUAUCAACGAGCUGCGGGAUGACCUCAAAGACCUCGACGUGAACGAGCUCAACGCUCUUCUCGCGCGACUAGAGGUCUCGCCCACAGGGAUAACAUCUCCAGAGUACGCACACACCGCAGACGAAGAAGUCGAUGAAGUCCAGUACAUUGAAGACGAAGAGGCACAAGAAUACACCGCACCGCCGUCGCCUAAGUACGUGGAGUCACGAUUCGAACUCAAUACACCACCGCGGACGCCACCCACCUCGUUCUUCGCAGGCCUUGAGGAGGCACUCGGAGUGAAGGGGUGGAGGAAGAGACGUGCUUCGAUCGCUCCUGAGGCGGUUCAUGCACGCGAAUCGAUCCACGAAGAGUUUCCAAUUACCACUCCGCGUACCUCCUGGCAAGCCGCUUUCCUCGGCGGCACCAGAACGGGUAGAAAACGAGUGAAGAUGAAGCAAAAGGCGAAGAACGCCGAUACCAGCCUGGAAGCGGUAGCCCGUGUCAGGUGA